GGAUCUGACGCUGAUGAUGGCGGUACGUCCGAUCGCCUUGAUGCCAUUGAGCACCUCCUACGAGAGCACGCCGAGGAGCUCCAGGCUUUGAGAUUACAACCACCGCCGCCCGCAGCCCCGUCCGAGUCCCCUGCCGUGUCCCUUCACGAUCCAACGGCGGUGCAUGUCCAACAACCACCACAGCGUUUCUGUCCCACCGUCACCGACAGCUCAUCGCCGUUCUCUAUCUGGGGUUUUGAUCAAAAUGGAAGCAGGGUUGAUUCAAGCGUCAGAAACGAUGAUGUUGGUCCCCCAAUCACGAUUCCUUUCGGACACCAAACCAGCACCAGUAACGUGCUUGUACUCCCGCAAUGCCGCGCUCUGGUUGGUGACUAUCCGAGCGAGUUCUUCUUCCGUAUCGAGAGCAGUAGAUUCAGAGCAGCAGAAGCAAGAUCCGUUAUGUCCCCGAGCCACGACUCUCAGCAGCAAGACGAACUCGAGAGGACCAUUUGCGAUCAAUACCUCGACAGCUACUUGGCUCGAGUGUAUCCAUUCCACCCUUUCCUUCAUCGCGAUGAAGUAGUCAGGAUAUACGGGGAGGUCAUGGAGAGGCAAGUCGGCUUUGACCAUGAGUCAGCUCUGGUGUUGGCUAUAGUUGCCCUCGGCGCCAUUGCCAUUGAACCAGUCGACAGUCAGGCAGAGAACAGGCCCUGGGAAGUUUAUUUCCGAAGAGCUCUCAGGAUCCUUCUCGCAUCAUGGACCUUCAACUUUAGCGGCGAUGUGACUAUUCCACAGGCGUUAGUCCUGUGUGCCGUUUACUUUACUUACACGGCCGAGCCUCUGAUGGCCUGGCGGCUAAUUCACAUGGCAUCGACCAGUAUACAGCAGCUCCUUUCGCGAUAUAAGAACCUCUUGUCCAGCGAGCCACAGGUGCAAACGUUGACGCGGCUCAGCUGGGUCUGCUUUAACAUGGAAAGUAGUGACAUUCUGGCCGAGUUCCACCAACCGCGAAGCGGCAUUGAGUUGCUGGUCGACAGCAUGCCAUUCCCCAACUAUGGCGAGAACGCGUCUCCCGAGAACCUCUACGCUCUCGCCGAGAUCUCUGUGCGCACACUACUUAAUCGCAUACAUCAUUCCCUCUUCUUCACAGAUAGUCUGACCAUAUUCACUGGUCGAUCCAAAGAAGCGACAUCAUCAUCCUCGCACCUCCCAGUCUUGAAUCCCGAUACUUCUCAUAUGCGUGUUUGCGACGAGCUCAGCAGACAGCUGGAGGCUUGGUACGACGGACUGCCAGAAGAGGUCAAACCAGAGCUCACGGGGGCCACAAGAGGCAAUAGGCAAGCGUGCUUACUGAGGCUCAGAUACUGGUCCUCGAAGCAGAACAUAUACAGAGCGUUCCUUAUAUACGUCACCUCGCGGGCAUGGGAGCAUGGCGAGGUUGUCCCGCAGGCAGUCCUCGACAUGUGCGGUACGUGCCUACAUGCCUGCCGUAUGUACCUGAUGACGGCUCGCCAUCUCAUCUAUGAGCGAACACCAUACUCGUACAGCUGUGCCAUGGCUUGUUUGACGAGUUCCUUAUUACUUUCCAUUGCAGCUCGGUCACCGCCUCUCCAGCAUCUAGCAGAAGAUAUUGGGACCAUACAUCAAGUUACGAUCGCUCACCUGAAGCCAUGGGCUCAACCGCACACAAGUAUUAAAUCAGCAUAUGAAAUCGCCUGUCUGGUUGCUACAAAGCAGCAUUUCGACAGC